GAAGUCCCCUCCUCCGGAGUAUUGUGGCAGACAGAGCACGCUGCGGGUGCUGCUCGUGCUGCUGCUGCUCCUGCUGCCUUCAGAGUGUGCGCGCGUGCAGAGUCUGAGCCACAGGGACUAUACCACAGCGGAGCCUUCGCCGUUCACUUGUGAGGCGCUGGUUGCUGGAUGCUGUGCUGUUUAUAGCCAGUUCUAGUGGGCGUGGUGGUGGGUGGGUUGCGGCGCUGUGAGGAGGAGGAAGAGAAGGAAGGUGGGUUUCUAGGGGUCGCAUUGUGGGAACUAGACUGUGUUGUGAAGAUGGGGAGCGUAGGUGGAAGUGGAGGUAGUGGGACGGAGGCGUGGGCGACGUGGGGGAUGUUCUUGGGUGCAAUGGGUGCUAUGGGUGCCGGUGCAUACUACAUGCUGGUGAUGACAGGCGCAGCGGAGCGGAAAGGCAAGCGGGCUGUGGAUUUAGGAGGUGGGAGUAUCACCCGGGAGCAAGUGAAGAGCAGUUACCAGAAAUACGCCUCGUUUUUCGAGAAACCGAAGCAGAUCGAGGCGAAGGACAACGUGCCGAACUUCGUGGAUACUUUCUACAAUUUGGUGACGGAUAUCUAUGAGUGGGGGUGGGGGCAGAGCUUCCAUUUCUCGCCUGCGGUGCCUGGGAAGUCGCACAAGGAGUCGACGCGGAUACAUGAGGAGCGUGUGGUGGAUCUGCUGGGGCUGAAGCCUGGGGAGAAGGUGUUGGACGUGGGAUGUGGCGUUGGCGGACCCAUGCGGGCAAUCGCGGCGUACUCGCAAGCGUUUGUGACUGGUAUCACUAUCAACGACUACCAGGUGGAGCGCGCGAGGAGCCACAAUAAGAAAGCAGGGCUAGAUAGAUUGUGCGAGGUUGUGUGCGGGAACUUCUUGCAGAUGCCUUUCGAAGACAACAGCUUCGACGGCGCUUAUUCCAUCGAGGCGACGUGCCAUGCACCGGAGCUGAAGGAUGUAUACUCGGAGGUGUUCCGGGUGCUGAAACCUGGUCACCUGUACGUGACGUACGAGUGGGUGACUACCCCUCUGUUCAGGGCGGACAAUGCUGAGCACGUGGAGUGCAUUCACGGCAUUGAGCACGGGGACGCGCUUCCCGGCCUGAGGAGUUACAAGCAGGUGGGCGAGAUUGCGAAGGAGGUGGGGUUCGUUGUGCUGGAGGACAGGGACCUGGCAUUGCCACCCGCGAAACCCUGGUGGACCCGCCUGAAGAUGGGGCGUUUGGCGUACUACCGGAAUCAUCUGAUGAUCGCGUUGUUGUCAUUCCUGGGUAUUGCUCCGAAGGGCGUGGUGGAUGUGCACGAGAUGCUCUUUAAGACGGCCGACCAUUUGACCCGUGGAGGGGAAACAGGGAUCUUCAGCCCCAUGCAUUUGCUGUUGCUGCAGAAGCCAGAAAAGAGCUCGUGAGGGGGGAAAUCGUGAGUGAAAGCUGACUGGCGCUCACACUCGCCGUGCCACGUUUUGAUUUCCUUCUGUGUAGUUCCGGUCCCAGUAAGUGGGAGAAGGAGGGAGCCUUGUGAUUGUAGCGUCAGAGUGGGUGGGUCGCCAUCGGCUCCACGGGAUGUGGUGCUUGAAAGCAGGGGCCGACUUGGUGCUGAUGACAUUCAUGUACGAGUUGAUAACUGGAGAUUGGUAGAAGGGAGCAGUACACUCUUUUUGAAACUUCCUGGGUCGGGAUAAAGACGCCGAAGGGGGAUGGAUCGUUCCAUGCAAUGCAGGGUAGAGAAAUGUGAGAUGUCCAACGUAAUUGCAGCAGACCGCUGCGGCUUUGGGGCUAGCUGCAUGUAGCAGCUCGGAAUGAAGUGGAGUAUGCUCAAGGCUGAGGAGUGCCCAGCAUUAAAUUGUAAACCAUUUUUCAGAGGGUGGGUUUGACCCGAGUGUAUAAUCUAGCGCGGCCUUGGAUGGCAUGGCAUUGGCAUCAAUUGAUUGUUGUGAUGAUUGCUAAUUGCUGACGAUCAGGGUAGAGUACUGGACAGCAGUCGCAGGGGCAUUUUUAUUAGCAGCUACUGGUGAAGGAUUGCUAAAUGCUCUCUUGGAAUUGAAAAUCAUGUCUUCAUGUAGCGUGUGAGUGACAUUUCACAAAGUUUUCCAUGGUGUGUGGAAACGUA